AAAAUAAUAUCUAUUAUUAAAUUGUCUCCAGGUAAAGAAGUGCAGAAGCGCUGGCGUUCAAUCCGCGACUCUUACACGAAAGCAUACCGUCAGGGCAAAUGCGUGAUGCCCGACCAAUGCCCGCCGGGCAGCCGGCGCUACCAACACCACCGACAGAUGUCCUUCCUUCUCAGGGCUUUACAGAACAAAAAACCUCGUUACUCACAAGACAAAUACGAGUCAUUUUCUGAAGUAUCCAACUCUCCUCAACACCCACCUCCAGAUGACGUCAUACCAAAGAUAAAGAAUGAACUACUAGAGAAACCGUUAGAUUCAAAAACCAAACCGGACACAGAUAAACCGGAAACGGUAGACAAAGCUACAGCGACCAUAGAGGAACUGAAGAACCCGUCCCUUGAAAUCAAAAUUGAUGCAAAUUCUAUAUUGCCUGACGAUCAUUUUGAUGAUGAUAAGUUGUUUAUGAAUUCGCUUUUGCCGCUUUUUAAGAAAAUGGACGACGACACAAGAUUACUCUGUCGGAUUGAAGUGUUAAAAAUAAUCAGGUAA